AUGUCCUGCUCGCGUGAUCAACGGCACUCGAAUUCCGGCAUAGCUAAAUCAAAAUGCUAUCGCAUCCAGGGGAUACCAAGCGCAACCACAGAAGAUCAAGUAAAGAAACUGAUCAAUGAAUGUUUGUCAACUCCAGUGAAUGGGCCACGAAUCACUCUUGCGCCAUCACGCACCCGCUGGCUCACUUCUACCGUUGUGUUACAAGAGGCCCUUGAGACGUUCAAAUUUCCUGUUGAUGACGGCUUCAUUGGCAUAACACCAUUGCAUGGAAACGAGCUUUCGAUGGUAGACAUCAUCACUGUUCCAGGGUUGGGGAGCCAUGCGAUCGGUGGCUUCAAAGUGAAGAAUGGAACAACCAACUGGGUCCGCGACUUCCUCCCAGAGGACAUCCCCCACGCUAGACUUUUGACAUAUGGCUAUGACAGUUCGCUUGCCGCCACCGAUGCAAAAUACUCCAUUAGCGACUUGGCCAAGACCUUCUUGGACUCUUUCAUAGCCUUUGUGACGACACGGAUACAUCUAAGAGGCCAAUCAUCUUCAUUGGACAUAGCCUCGGCUUUGGCAAUCUCGCACAACGCUGCUAGUGAUGACCGAUACGGCGACUUUUGCAAGUCCGCCUAUGGCUUCGUCUUCUUCGGUGUUCCGAACCAUGGCAUUCGACGCGGGAGCCUGAAAGAUAUUGUGGUUGGGCAGCCCAACGAACAGCUAAUACACGAUCUCGAAGUAGACAGCGAGGGCGAGCCGACUCCUUAUCUUCGAGAACUAAGGAAGAAAUUCCUCGACAACUGUAAAUCACAAGCGCACCCUUCCAAGGUCAUUCUAUAUUAUGAGCUGAGGAAAACGCGAUCUAUUAAAAGGACCGACAAUGGGUCCAUCUCUGCCUCUGGCGACCCAAAAUUCAUGGUUACGCAGGAGUCAGCUUGCCAAAUUGGCCUGGAAGACAAUGAAAUAAACAAGCAUGCUAUAGACGCGGAUCACUCCAGCUUGGUCAAAUUCGCAAACCAGGUCGAUGACACUUACUCUCGGGUACUAAACCAAUUGAAGCGGAUGGCAACAGAGGCACCGGAUGUAGUGCUUCGUAGGUUCGCAGAACAUCGUAGGCUAUCAGCAUCGCUGGAGGGAGCCAGCAGUCAACCACAUCACCUUGAGCAGGAUGAGGCUAAUAUCAAACCGGUAUUUCAGCCUAGUAAUGACGAGGUUCAGUGCGUCCGAGAGCUGUUUCUGACAAGUCCAGCUAGCGACCGUGAUGAAAUCAUCACUGCAAAGGGAGAUAGGGUCGACGGCACAUGCGAAUGGAUCACAUCCACUGGUGAGUAUACUCAGUGGAUGCAAUCUACCUCUGGCCUUCUUUGGAUUCUCGGUGGGCCUGGAAAAGGCAAAACGUUCCUCUCCAUCUAUCUCACCGAGAUUCUGAAUAAAGCCGGGAGCACCUUGAUUUAUUUCUUCUGCGAUAAUAAGCUCUCUUCUCGCAACAAAGGCUCGGCUGUUCUUCGCGGAAUCAUGCAUCAGCUGAUCGAGCGACACCCCAAGCUCGUGAAGCAUCUUGUGCGACAUUGGCAGCUUCAAGGGUCUGAAUUGUUCAGUGACACCGGAUUUGAAAGUCUUUGGAGAAUAUUCCAAUCCAUGGUUGAAAAUUUGAAAGGGUCCGAGCUUUACUGUGUCCUUGAUGGCCUGGAUGAGUGCGAUGAACAUUCUCUACACCAGCUUCUUCGGAAAAUAGAGUCAUUGUUUAACAAGCAUGGCGGAAAACAAACACUAAAAUUGAUCGUCGUCAGCAGGAGGUACCCUAACUGCCUCGGGAAUGCUUUGGGUUCAUUCACGCAGAUCAGCCUGGACUCAGCACAUAAAAACAAUGUUAAAAGCGACAUAUAUUCCUACAUUGCAAUUCGGCUAGCUGAUCUCACCAAGAAACGGUCAAUUCCACAAAGUCUGGCUAAUCACAUUGGGGAGACUUUCCGCGAAAAGUCCCAAGGUACAUUUCUUUGGGUCAGUUUCAUGAUGGAGGAUUUCCAUAAGAAGAGUGUUGCCAGUAUUGAAAAGGCCUUGGAUAGUCUUCCCUGUGGUCUUGAUGAGGUUUACGAACGGAUUCUCUUGCAAAUCCAACCGGAAAAUAUGGCCAUCAUCGCGGACAUCUUGAAUUGGGUAGCUCUGUCCUCCAAACCACUGAAGGUGGCACAGCUAGCUGAAGCGGUGGGGAUCCAGGCUUCAGAACAUUUAUCCCGGAACCAAAUCUGCCUGUAUCAUAUCGAGACUUGUGGCCAUUUACUCCAAGUACACGAUAAUGGCAGUUCCUUACUUUCGCAGGACAGAAUCGAAAACGAAAAAUCAACGUUCAACUCCACACAGAAAUACUCCUCAACGGUUACUCUUGUUCAUCAGAGCGCGAAAGACUUUCUAACUCAACAAACCGUACCGCAGAAAAUUAAGUCAUUCCAAGUUCACGAAGCCCGUGGUAAUCUUUUCAUUAUGGAACGACUUCUGAAUUCAAUGCAAAGGGACUGGAUUCGAGUUUUACCCGAGCUAGGUUUUCAACCAUAUACUUCGUAUUCCCUGCUUUACUACGCAUUAACUUCGUGGAGAUACCACUUGAAACAGCUCAAAAACAAAGAUUUGUUGCACUUAAUUGACAAAAACGAGCCAUUCUUUGCAGAUCAUUCGGUUGUUAGAGAUCUUUGGGAGCGUUUAGAUCGUCCGAACUUUAUAGGUCUUUGGGAGCGUUUCCAAAAAGAUCGCCCUAGAAAGCCGAUACUUCAUUUUGCAUGUGAGCAAGGGCUUGUUGCCUUGGUCGAGAAGGUUUUGAAACUGAAGAGUCAAGAUCCGCUUACCUUCCAAAGAUUUAUUGACAAGCCAGCGCCAGAUACACCGCUUGCUAUCGCAAUCAAGAGACAACAUUAUGCUCUCGUUGAGGUGCUAUUGAAGUUCGGCGCGCUUGGUGACAUCGCUAUGGGAUACGAUAUGUUCCUUGCCACUGCACCUAAUUGCCUUCACAUCUUUGAGCUCCUAUCCGAAACGAAAGGUGGCAAACAGUUUAUCAAAAGGGAUCUUACUUCAUCAACAUCGAGGCCUCCAUUGAUGUAUCACGCUAUCGUAACGGGCAACGAGAAGCUGUGUCGGCUUCUUCUAGAGAGAUAUGGGUACGAAGUAGAUGCUCUAAUCGCGGAUCAGUCCCCUCUAAUUGUUGCAAUUAGUGGGGGGCGUUAUGAAAUUGCAAGAAUGCUUGCUGCCGAUUACGGUGCCAGCACCGAUGAUCAUGAUGGGAUCAUCUCGGCACUAAUUAAAGGCUACCACCUUUCCACACCCUGCAAAGUGCCACUGCAACUGAUCUUUUCCGAAUGGAAAGUCGACAUAAACCGACAGAAUGAGACCGGGCGCACGAUACUUCACUUAAUUUUGCAGGGGAUCCUAAGCGUUCCGGAGGAUGGCUUCGAGCUUCUUAGACAGUGUUUGGCAAGAGGAUGUGAUCCAACGCUCAGAACCAUGGAAGGUGAUUCCCCCCUCCACUCGAUUAAAUGGUUUGCCCCAUGUUGGCACCGAUAUGAUGACGAAAUGGGUCUCUUCCCGAUGAGAAGCGUCAUUUUAUUAAUGGUUGAUGGCGGACUCGACAUCAACAAUCCAGGAAAAGGAGGGAUCCUCCCAGUCCACCGACUUAUACAAGAUGCAUUCGACCCCAAAAUUUCCAAGCACGGAGUGGGUAGUAUUGCUAAAAUCAAGGGCCUUCGCCAGCUUCUUGAUCUUGGCGCUGAUAGAAAUGUCAAAACAUCGCUGGGACUGAGGGCCGUACAAGUCGCCAAACAGUGCUACGACAUGACACAAGAUAUUGAUGGCUGCGAAGGAUAUUGUGCAGAAACGUUGGCGGAAGUCACCAAGGUGCUAGAGAACUAUGCAACUGUGACUAAUGCAGUGCAAAAUCUAAACUAUAAACGUUUUCAAUACUCAGAAGGGCCGAAGAUACUCUAG